GAAGAUGUGCGACUCCCGUCGAAGGAGAAGAAGAAAGUGCGCCAGAGAGUCUGAUGAUCGACGAUUGCAGCCUGCAAGGCGAAGAUUGUCAAUUUCGUCGCCCGUCACGCAUCUCUCGAAUCGUUUCUGUUGCGAACGACGGGAGGUUCGGUGCGAACAGAGCGCAAAUAUCGCUGGCGGCCGUGACUGGAGUUUGUCGAUGGAGGGAUCAGUCAAAACUUUGAAGUAGCACCCGGCCGAUAAAGAGCACGUAGUGGAGAGAAAUCGGAGAUCGUUUAGUGGCAUUUUUCUUGUGUGUUCUGCGUGUUGGUGAUGUAAACAGCGAUUGCUUCUUGGUAACGAAAGGAAGAGGAGUAGAUUUCAACAGUAUUGCUUUGAGAUCGAGAGUGGAGAGUGGAGAGGUUGUGGAUCUUAUUUUGAGAGGGAUGUUAUUUUCUCUCAUAUGACCUACUGAUUCGAGAAGAUGGGUGAGCUGACCCAUGGGUUUCGAGUCGCAAGUACUGCUGGCAAGCGGUAAAUUUUAUACCUGACAUGACACUUUAUGUCUGAGCUUCUUUCUUGUCUGGGCGUGAAUACGAAAUCAGUCCCGAAACAAACCGGGUUCCCAGAAGGCAGAGCGCUUGCCAAGACAUGCAAAGGAUAUUUACUGACAAUUCAAUGGGAGGGAAGAGGGAAGGGUCAGUGUCUCUGAUCACCGAAAACGAGAGGGCAAAUGUAGUCACUCACAUGGGCCAAACUACAGCAGCUGAAGGACGAAUUGGUGGGCCUUACUCAGCCUUGACCGUAGAAGAAGCAGCAUCAACCGUGUUCAACCACUCGUCACUCAAAUUAUGGGGACAUCUUCCCGAUGCUUAUCAUCAUCGAGAUUUCUUUUACCUCCUUUCCUCGUUUUUUAAACUGGCAAGAAGGCGUUAGAUCAAAACCGAGAUCUACUACCUAAUAUCUACUUCAACAUGCUCUUCAUUUACUUUGUUUGUUUGUUCGAUUACCAAACCCCCUAUACCACUUUCUUCUCUCGUUUACUUGAUCAUACAACCGGACAGGCUAGGACGCAGCGACCAUCCGUCAUUGAACAGGAAGCUCUCGUCCGGAAGAGGUGGUUUGGAAGCACAUUGUCGAGUACCAAGUGGCCACAGUGUGUGGUCACAUUGCUAGUAAACUACGACGACGACACCAUGCGUUGUAAGAAUGUAGUUUUGAAGCAUUAAAAGAGAGCCAAGAUAAUCGAGAGUUCAUGUGUCCGCGCGAGGGUUCGAGAUGGACCCAAACAUGAAUGAAGGACGGAAGUGUGGAAAUGAGGCUGUGGAAUCACUAGGAAGCCUAAAUGAGUGAUCCACACUCGACAGGUUCUCUCUCUUACAAUGGAUGGGGUGGGAGACCCGGUCGUAAAGAACUUGGGUAUAAACUUGGCGCAAUAAGAGGCCGUUCUGAUCAAUUGAACUUGGACAACUGCGAGACACAUAGUCCAUGGGGAUGAGCAAGAGUUUAAAAGAUGUUCGAACAUGUCUUCGACAGGAAGGACGUUUGAACAUUUCAGGCAGCGAGAAGAUUUGAUCAGUAUGCAAGAAAUUUCUAACUUUGGUCGUUCCCUCCCACGAGGCAAAAGAAUAUGCACUUCCAACCAUAAGCGAAACGAAGAUUUGGAUGUCAUAAAUCAGGAGCAAGGAAGAAAUCAGAGUAUAUUGGAGCCCUUCUAUAUGAUACCUACAAAGUAAUAAUUGUAAAUAAUGUGGGUGUUUAUAUCAAGCUCGGAGGG